AUGACGAUAGAUGCCCAGCCAUCUCUUCUCAUCGAGAAUUUCCUUGUUUCCAUGAAAAAGCGCCUUUGGUGGUCGAUUUUGCUACGCGAUCGAAGCCUUUGUAUUGGCCUGCGACGCCGCCCGCAAAUUACUUCGGUCAAUCUCCAUGGGUGCCGCGAUUGGUUGAAAGAAGAAGAUUUCGAGGGAGAAAUGCAUGCGUCUCAGAUAUUUAACUACGAAGCCAAAAGAAGAUUGCUUGUUGCGUUCCAGGAGCAAUGCCACUUGGCGAUUUUGCUGACCGAUCUCGUGUCAGUAGUGUUCGCUCCCCGAGCUACCUGCGGCCUUCCUCCUUCAGCCGAGGUAUUUCACUCCUUGAUGCAUGAGGUCGAAGCCAUCAAGCGAGCUUUGGUUGAAUGGGAGGCCCAGGCUUUGCCUGCACCAGCCCCUACAUUCCAACCCCAAAACGAUGACCCAUCCGCGGCAUUGAGAAGCUUGACGUUCAUGUAUUACCAUGCGGCCCGAGUCGAUCUCGCACAAUACGCGGCUCUUCUGAUGGAGGAGCACCUUACGUUCGCCACUCAAAUGUAUCGGAAUUCUGUACUUCAAAUUGGCAACGACCUGUACUCUGGCAUAGUGGGGUUGACGGCGGUCAUGGAAUACUUCAGCCUCAAUGGCCACAUCGAAUUUUUGCCGCUGAGCGUUCUGGCGUAUGUCGCAAUGCCCCUGGUCUUGGCCGCAAUUGACCUCAAGCUGUCUUCCUCUCAUGAUGAGAUGGCCACCAGACAGAGGCGACUGAAUUCCCUCAGCAAGAUUAUUCGGCAUUCCGAGUCCCUUUACGAUGUGACGGAUUUCGUCGCCGCUGGAACGAACCAGAUCCUUCAACUGGCAUAUAUUACCACACAAGAUUUCUUUCUUCCGUCUGUGUUCUCGCCACAGAGAAGAGAAGGAUCAAAAAGGACUUGGGCGGGGAUUAAUCACCAGGGUCAACUAGCAGAAGCUGGCUCUUGCACACGAGCAAAAAGCUGGUUAGAAGCAUUCAUUCGCUUCCCUCGAGCCUAUCUCCUGAUCUCAACAUCGGUUGACUAUAGCCUCGCGGUCGGUCGUCUUCCAUGUGAUGGUUCUUUACCAGAAUUCGUUCGCAAGAGUCCGCUCACAGACAACCUCAUACGUUUACCCUGGACAAUGGGUGAUGGUCUUGACAAAAAGCCGUUCCAUAUGUCCAGUUUGGCUCACGAUCCAAGAGCCCCAUGCGCACGUUCCGGGUCUGUAGAAUCUGGAGCAACCGUUCAAACAAUCAACAGUUCUGAUCCAACAGAGCAAGGCGAGUUUUCUUCGGAAAGGCAUAGCAAAGCCGACCGCAGUGAGGAGGUCGAUGUAAUUCAUCGAAUCAAUCCGUGCAAACCGAAACACAACAUAAAUCUUGACUUUCUCGAUUUCAAUGAAAGUGCUACGCGGUCACACGGGAAUACUCUCCCAUUUGAGUCGAGCACCUUGAAUAUGGUGUCUAUACCAAUAGAUUACCUGGAUGGGAGGAACACCGAUGCCCGGGAAUUUGAGUCGAUGGAAUUUGGAGACGGAAUGCCAAGCUUGAAUGCGAUGGAUGGACUUGACACGCCCCUUUCUCGUGUGCUCCGCACAAACCCCCCGCAGAGGGCGGAAGUCUUGGCAUGGGGGCCAGAAAUCAGCCCCACGGCUGACGCCUCCCCCUCUCACUUUUCUCGACCCCAUAGAUCAUACGAAAAUCUAGCCAUGGUGGGCGUGCCUCGCAGUAAAGGCUGCACGACAUGCCUCCAAAGACGUGUCAAGUGCGAUGAGAAACGGCCAACGUGCAAGCGCUGUGAUACCCGUGGUCUGAAAUGCCCUGGAUACGAGAGGCCACCCAAGUUUUGCCAUUUUGCCGCAUCCCGGGGACAUUUGCAGAACCGUACCCGGCUCAUCCCAGCUAUUGCGACACACCCAGGCGGCACAGAAUCCGACAUCAUUGAUAGGGAGCGCUCUACCUCCUUUGAUGAAUGCGUGGCUCCUAGUCUCGUUCGAAGUGCUCUUUGCAUUCAACAAAAAGAAACCUUCGGUCGCUUUGUCGAUGCGAACUUCCCAGGCCUUUACUAUUCUUGGAGUACUCGCGUCGACAUAAAUUUCAUGGAUUUUGUGCGCCAGCAAAAUGAUACUUUCGCAAAUGCCUUGCUAUUAGCCACUCAGACAUUGGUCAUGUUAGAUGUGGGCCAGAGACACAGAGACAGUGAAAAGGUCAUCCUCAGCCGCACAAUGUACAUCCGAAGUUUACAAUGCUUGGUACGAUUGAUCCAGAAUCCACGGACUGUCAAGUUGGAUUACACACUUGGAACUGCUAUUCUGCUGGCUAUCUACGAAAUGUUGGAUGGAUCAUUUCAGCAGUCCUGGCUCAUGCAUUCUCGUGGAAUUGCUACCUUGUUUCAACAUCGGGGACCGGAGGUACACCGCGAUGGAAUGGGUCGAACGUUGCUUAUCUCCUUUCGUUCAUUCCUUCUAGCAGACGCUCUGGUGCGAGGUGAGCCUUGCUUUCUAGCAGCGCCUGCCUGGAGGUCUACAAUAACUGAAGCUAUGAAGGCUGAAGGAGAAGCUGGAAAAGGGAGUCAACUUGGGGAUCUGGUUGAGUGUGCGUUCCACGAAGUAACUGUUUGUCCCGGCCUGGUGGCAACCGCGCGAGAUAUGGUUUCCAGGAGCGCCGGGGAUGAUUUAGGUCAGAGAGCGAACCUUGCCAGUGCAAUUGCCACGCACAGAGCAAAUCUUAGCAAACUAUAUGACAGGCUUCUGGUUUUGUUCGCGGCGGGCAAUAGCCUUGAACAUAGACCAGAUGUCACUGGCCCUAUCCCUCAGGCAGUUGUGAACAGGCUGACUCAUUUCUCAAUGCAAGGCAUUGAAAUCGGUAUCAUGCUACUCGACCAGCUUCUGGGUAUACUACGGGCCGAUCAAACAGAUAAAACCCCGAUUGGGGACUCUCCUAAGGGAUCUUUCGGCCAGGAUAAUCUGAUAACCGACAGGUCCAGCCGAGGAGGAGUCACAGAAGCACCAGAUCACGUUGCGCUAUCGAUGGGAAUGCUUGUUUUAAAAUGA